AUGGCGCCAUUUCCCUGCGGCGUUUGCAAAAAGAAAUUUAACACUAGACCUCGCAUAAUCAGCCAUGCACUCGAGACUGGCCAUAAUGCGAAUCAAUGUUGCCGAGUGUGCUUGCGAUGGUUUCAAAGCACCAGUGCUUUUGCAGCCCAUGCAAAAUCAGCAGCCCACCUCGAAGAGGAAGCAAAGCAAUCACAGUCUCUAAGCGCAUCAGUCACCGAUAGCAAAGAGACUUCAACAGAUGCGAUCGAUAGCAAAGAGACUUUAACAGAUGCGCCGCCUCCCGUACAAUUGCAAUUUGGAGAUGUCUGUUACACAUGCCUUACACAUCAGCAGCAAGAUGAGGUCUUCAAUCAGCUCUCUGCUAAAUGUCAUUCCGUCGAGAUUCUUGAGAAAGAAGGCUAUAUACUUGAUGUUGAGAAAGGACCGGCAACGAAGAAGCAAAAGCCACGGCCAAGCCUAGCAGACUUUCAACAGACACCACCGAUUCAGCCGGCUACUAUCAAGCGGCGAGCUGUUGUAGUUGACUGUGAGAUGUCAGAGACAUCUGACGGAUCCGAUGAGCUGGUCAGCCUCUACGUGAUGGACUUCUUGACUGGCGAGACCCUGAUCGAUUCAUUAGUUAUCCCUUCUCGGACGAUCACCGACUGGAGAGCAAAGAUUCACGGUAUAGACGCUACGAUCAUAAGCGAGGCAGCAGCACACAAAAACGCUUUGCACGGUUGGGCCGCUGCGCGCGACGAGCUGUGGAAGUACAUCGACGAGAGUACAAUCCUUGUCGGACAAUCAGUACUAUUUGACUUUGAGGCUCUCCGCUUAAUCCACAUGCGUGUCGUGGACUCGGCAAUACUCGCAACAGAGGCUGUCUUUAACAAGACGGGGAAGAAAUAUAGGAAACCGCGCCGACGGUGGGGACUCCAGGAACUGUGUGAAAAAUUUCUCGGUAUCCAAAUACGCAACGGACACGGGAUACACAGCAAUAUGGAAGAUGUUCUAGCUGCCAGAGAGGUUGUGCUGCAGUGCUUGCUAAAGCCAGAGCACUUCAAGGAUUGGGCGGAUAAGGCGCGAGAAGACUUUUGGAAGCCCAAAGAAGGCAGCAAGAAUCAGAAGAAGAAGAAGACCAAGGAGCCGACUCAUCAAAUCGCUAAACAAGCAGCCCCAGCGCUUGAAACGAUUGAGGACUCUGAGGAUAUUUAUUAUAUUCUCGACGAUGAUGAUAUUUCUUAUGAUUUUGAGGAUGUCGGAGGCUAUUGCAUGGAACGGGAUUGGUUCAUUAACUUUGGCGCCGACAUUGCUUAUUAUUAA